GGGUCCGCCGUCGCGCUCGGGGCCGCGGCGUUCAGACGCCGUAGCGGAGGGAGAGGAGGAGGGAGAUGGCGGCGGGGGCUUUGGUGACUGCAACGACUAUAGCGACACGGAGAGCGGGCGGGCGAGACACCCGCAGGACGGAGGAGCCGCCUCUGCAGCCGCCGCAGUUCCCGCGGGCCUGCUCGGAGCAGUGACUGUCUGCCUUCCCCGCCGCCUCCCUCAGGCUUCGGCCCUCUUGGCUCUUGCCAGUCCUCGGGCUCGCCUCUGUCUCUGCCCUCGGCGGCUGCAGCGCUUCCUGCCCCUCACGCCCACUCGAAAGCAUCGGCCUCAGCAGCAGCUGGAGGCGACAGCCUGCAGUCCUCGGCGGCGGGGAGGCCUCAGCCACCCUCCUCCCGGACGCGGGCGUUACUGGUGAGCCGAGGAAGUCUUCUCUCUCCUGGUGAUUAUGCAUGGUCGGUCUCAGGUCGGUGGUCAGAGCCCUUCGUCCGGAGGCCAUCGAGCAAACAGCGAGCCCUCCCGCAUCUCUCCGGCUGAUGUCCCCGUCGCCCCCUGCCUAGGCUAGAGUAAGCUGGGAGCCCGCUUCUCGGGAAGUGGGAAAUCUACAGCCAUGUAUUUUCUCAGCGGCUGGCCCAAGAGGCUACUGUGUCCUCUCGAGCCCAUGGAGCAACCUCUUCAUAUCCAGACAGAUCCCCAGAGAGUUUUCUUCGCAGUGUUAUCUCCGUCUCAGCUAAGCAUCUGGUACUGCAGACCCAGUGUAUUAAUUGUAAGCUACAAGGAACCACCAAAAGCAGCUUCUCAGUUUGGAUCGUAUAAACAAGUGGAAUGGCGGCCUGACAGUACCAUGAUAGCUGUUUCAACUGCAAAUGGAUACAUCUUAUUUUUUGAAAUUCCAACAGCAAGAGACAAGUAUCUUUAUGAGCCAGUGUAUCCCAAAGGAAGCCCACAUAUGAAGGGAAGCCCACAUUACAAGGAAGAACAGUGUGCUCCUUCAUUAAAUCUAGCAAUGAAAAAAGUGCUGGACUUGCAAGCCUCUAUCACAAGUUUGCAGUCCAUGUUAGAGGAUCUACUUGUUGCUACUGCUGAUGGGUUUCUCCAUCUUGUUCACUGGGAUGGUAUGACCAAUGGAAGGAAGGCCAUCAACCUAUGUACAGUUCCAUUCUCUGUGGAUUUACAGUCUUCUCGUGCAGGCUCAUUUUUAGGCUUUGAAGAUGUUUACAUCAAAGAUAUGGAAUAUUGUGCCACGCUUGAUGGUUUUGCUGUUGUUUUUAAUGAUGGCAGAGUUGGUUUCAUUACACCAAUGUCAAGUAGAUUCACUGCUGAGCAGCUCCAUGGCAUUUGGGCACAAGAUGUGAUUGAUGGAACUUGUGUGGCAGUAAAUAACAAAUACAGGCUAAUGGCGUUUGGAUGUGCCAACGGCUCUGUGCAGGUUUAUACAAUAGAUACCACCACUGGCGCCAUGCAGUUUUCUCAUAAAUUGGAGCUGACACCAAAACAAUAUCCUGAUAUUUGGAAUAAAACAGGACCUGUUAAACUAAUCAGAUGGUCACCUGAUAGCUGUGUUGUGAUGGUGACCUGGGAUUGUGGAGGCUUGUCCUUAUGGAGUGUUUUUGGUGCUCAGCUUAUUUGUACUUUAGGAGGUGAUUUUGCGUAUCAGUCUGAUGGUGCCAAAAAAGAUCCUCUGAAGAUCAGUUCUAUGACCUGGGGAUCAGAAGGGUAUCAUCUGUGGGUUAUUGAUGGGAAUUCUUCAAACAUGAAACCUGAAAAAGAUGUGAAGAAUGAUGCUCGCCAGUUCGGUAUUCUACAGUUUCAUUUCAUCAAGAGUGCACUCACUGCUAAUCCUUGUAUGAGUAACCAGGAACAAGUCCUCCUUCAGGGAGAAGAUCGCUUGUAUUUGAAUUGUGGAGAUGCAACACAGGCUCAAAGUCCCCGAACCACUUCACCACACUCUGAGCAUAAACCUACAAGGGAAAGAGGCCCAUUUUCAGAUGGCAGUUUAGAUUCUCAGGGUUUAAGCACUUUACUAGGACACAGGCAUUGGCAUGUUGUACAGAUUCAUAGUACAUAUCUAGAGAGCAACUGGCCAAUAAGGUUUUCAGCUAUUGACAAGCUUGGACAGAACGUAGCUGUUGUUGGAAAGUUUGGUUUUGCACAUUAUUCUUUACUCACCAAAAAAUGGAAGCUGUUUGGAAACAUUACCCAGGAGCAGAAUAUGAUGGUAACAGGUGGCUUAGCAUGGUGGAAUGACUUCAUUGUUCUUGCAUGUUAUAAUUUAAAUGAUCAUCAAGAAGAGCUGAGAAUCUACCUGCGAACAUCGAAUCUUGACAAUGCAUUUGCACAUAUCACCAAAGUGCAAGCAGACACCUUGCUACUGAGUGUCUUCCGGGACUUCGUGAUAUUGUUCAGAGCAGAUUGUUCCAUUUGCCUUUACAGUAUUGAGAGAAAGCCUGAAGGACUUAACUCUACUGCCAGUAUCCAAGUUCUUCAAGAAGUGUCCAUGUCUCGGUAUAUUCCUCAUCCCUUUCUUGUAGUGUCUGUUACAUUGACAUCAGUGAGGACAGAGACUGGCAUCACAUUGAAGAUGCCUCAGCAGGCUUGUGAGGCUGAAAGUAUUAUGCUAAACUUAGCAGGACAGCUUAUCAUGUUGCAAAGAGAUCGAUCUGGACCCCAGAUACGAGAUAAGGACAAUAAUCCUAAUCAAAGGAAACAUCUGCCUUUUUGUGCUCCAGUUGUCCUAGCCCAGUCUGUUGAAAACGUAUGGACAACUUGCAGGGUCAACAAACAGAAACGCCACUUACUGGAGGCUCUGUGGCUCAGCUGCGGCGGGGCAGGUAUGAAAGUCUGGCUUCCUCUGUUUCCCAGAGAUCAUCGAAAACCACAUUCCUUUUUGUCAAGACGGAUCAUGCUGCCUUUCCACAUCAACAUAUACCCAUUGGCUGUUUUGUUUGAAGAUGCCUUGGUUCUUGGUGCUGUUAAUGACACUGUGCUCUAUGACUGUUUAUACACUCAAACCAGUGCUAGAGAACACUUAGAGGUUCUCUUUCCUUUCUGCAUUGUUGAGAGAACCUCUCAGAUCUACCUCCAUCACAUUUUACGCCAGCUGUUGGUGAGGAACCUCGGUGAACAAGCCUUGCUUUUGGCCCACUCCUGUGCCACAUUACCAUACUUUCCUCAUGUACUAGAACUGAUGCUUCAUGAAGUGCUGGAAGAAGAAGCUACCUCGCGGGAACCCAUUCCCGACCCUCUGCUUCCCACUGUGGCAAAGUUCAUUACAGAGUUCCCCCUCUUCCUGAAGACAGUUGUUCAUUGUGCUAGGAAAACAGAAUAUGCCCUGUGGAAUUACCUUUUUGCUGCUGUUGGAAAUCCAAAGGAUUUAUUUGAGGAGUGCUUAAUGGCCCAGGACUUGGACACAGCUGCCUCUUAUCUUAUUAUCCUACAGAAUAUGGAAGUUCCAGCAGUUAGCAGGCAACAUGCUACUCUCCUAUUUAAUACUGCCUUAGAGAAGGGAAAGUGGGAUCUUUGUCGUCAUAUGAUCAGAUUUCUUAAAGCCAUUGGCUCUGGAGAAACAGAGACACCCCCAGCUACACCAACAACUCAGGAACCUAGUUCAAGUAGUGGCUUUGAAUUCUUCAGACAUCGCAGCAUUAGUUUAUCCCAGUCAGCAGAGAACCUCCACAGCAAAUUUAACUUGACAAAAACACUGAGUAUGCCCUCUGGCCCAUCUGGAAAAAGGUGGAGCAAGGACAGUGACUGCGCUGAGAAUAUGUACAUUGACAUGAUGCUCUGGCGGCAUGCUCGGCGCCUGCUGGAAGAAAUCAAGCUGAAAGACCUGGGCUGUUUUGCCGCACAGCUGGGCUUUGAGCUGAUUGGCUGGCUGUGUAAGGAGCGAGCCAGAGCUGCCCGCGUGGAGGAUUUUGUGUUCGCUCUGAAAAAGUUACACGAGGAUUUCCUCUGGCCAUUUCCAGUCAUACCUGCUCCAUCCAUUAAUUCACCUUUCAAGAAUGGAAAGUGCAAGACAGCUAUAGGGGAGCAGCUGCUAAAAUCUCAGUCUGCAGAUACCUUUGUAAAUAUAGAAAUGGAUGCAGAGGCUUCAAACACACCUCGGAGUCGCAGCUGGCUUGGUACUAUCAGCUCCCCUCAGAGAGAGGUUGACACUGUUUCAUCCCAUGGACCGCACAUGCAAGAUGCAUUCCUUUCUCCUCUGCUAAGUAAAGGUGAUGAAUGCAGUAUUGGUUCAGCAACAGACCUGACUGAAACAAGUUCCAUGGUAGAUGGUGACUGGACCGUGGUGGAUGAAAACUUCUCCGGUUUAAGUUUAACUCAGUCAGAGCUUGAACAUCUCUCUCUGGAACUGGCUAGUAAAGGACCGCACAAGUCACAGGUCCAGCUGCGGUACUUGCUGCAUAUCUUCAUGGAAGCAGGAUGCCUGGAUUGGUGUAUUGUCAUAGGCCUUAUUCUCAGAGAAUCUUCAGUAAUCAACCAGGUUUUCAGCAUAAUGCAGUCUUCUGAUACUGAUGGAGAGAUCUGUCAGAAUAUCAAGACUGGCCUAUAUGCUGUUGACAAAUGGGCUUCUACAGACUGCCCUGGGUACAAGCCAUUUCUAAAUAUCAUCAAACCACAGAUCCAGAAACUAAGUGAAAUAGUAGAAGAGCAAGUACAGCCAGAAGCUUUUCAACCUGUGAAUCCUUCUAAGGUUAUUGAACAAGUGAACCCUAGAGCUGAAGAAAGUAGGACUUCAUCUAGUCAUGGCACUAAUCCUCAUAGUGAUGCUGGUAGCAGCAGUGCAAGCAGGCACGAAGAGGACAAGUCUAAGACAGAGGAUGAGGAUUCAUUCCAAGAAGGCAGUUAUGACUGUGUUGUGUCUUAAAGGGAAGAUGGAAAACUUCCCAAGCAUCAGGUGUGAAAGGAAGCAAACCAGCUCUCAGACAUGCUUCCACGUUUUGGAUUUGAACUCUCUUAUUUGGUUGGUUGGUUUUUUGUUUUGUUUUAAUUUGUUUGUUAUUUUUAAUAUUUCAAUCUUUGAACACUUUAGUGGGGAUAACUAAGCAGCAGUUUCAUUUACUUUCAAAAGGAGGCAAGAUUUUUGUUUGUUUGUUUGUUUUUUGAUGCAAUCUUCAGACUGCAGCUUUAGGUUUCGAUAAUAAUGUUGAGAGACAUUGAAUAUGUAUGAGGACAGGUUCAGCUAAUGUGCAUCAGUAGCUUUGCAUCACCAACAGAUGUUCUGAAGAAACUACUUACCUUUUGCUUGAGUUUAAAAGGCGACAGGGGGAUUAAAUUUAUGCUUUGCAUCUUGCCUGCCUAAGAAAUGUCCGAUCAAUGCAGUUCAGAUUGGUUUGAUAUUGGUAUUUUGUAUUAAAGGACUUUAAAAUAUAUUGUAUGUUUUUGUGGAUACUCUUGUACAAAUACUCGAGAUUGUACCUUAUUUGAAGGUACCUGUAUGUAUUGUGCAUGUUCCUAGAUGAUUAGUAAAGUCAAAGCAGAGUUGCACUUCUUUCUGGAUGAGGCAUACUUUAGUGACCUAACACUGACACAAGGUGGCUUACCUGGGUUUUUUUACUGCCACUUGCAGAUCUUGUAGUUGGGUUUAAGGGAUUGCUGAAGGUUAUUUAUUUCAUUGUAAAUUCUUUUCUGAAAAAAAAAUAUUUUUAAAAUGUAUAUAAUCAUCAUAUACUCUUGCUACGGAAAAUUAGUUUAACAGCUCAUACUUAAGCAUUUUUCAGACAUUUUAUAAUAUGUGUACUUGUAACUAAGACAUAUUUAACUUUCAUACAACGUUAUGGAAAGCUGGCUGCAGAAGUCUGUUGCUUUGAGGUACUAUUUUUUCUAGCUGCUGUCCCUAUGUAAUAACUACCUGUAACAGUAUUAAUUUAGAUAUUAGCUUGUUUGUACUGUGCAAUCUGAACGAAAAUGCAACAUUACUCAUUUUAUACAAAAUAAACUAGUUUAUUUUUUAUAACAUCAUUUGAUUACUGACAUGGACCAAAGUAGUUGUCGUAGGGUAGUUACAGCAUCUGUUGCUUUUCUCAUGUAGUUACUAAAUGCACAUCCAUUUUAACUCUGAAAAUAAGCCUAUUCACAGUUAAGUUGAAAGGAGUUGUGGUUCUAUCAUUUUUAUUUCCUUUGUAGAUAAGAUGAAGUGCUUUAAAAUGUAUAAAUAUUAAAACUUUGCUUUAGAAUGGCUUUACUAAGCCAGUUCAACCAGUGCAAGUGCAAUAAUUGUGAGUGUUACUUGGAAGGCUGGAGAUUUUAUUGAGUGCAGCUGAAGAGCUGAAACUAAUACUGAAGUUACAGGAAAGAAAUCUCAUUGAAGAGUUCCAGCAUUAUGCUUAGUCUGUAUUGUAGCUACUGGUUACAGAUAACGUCUGUCAUACCUACAAGCCUGUUGUGAUCUCACAUCAAAAUCCAUUGUUGUUAUAAAGGGGAUACUUAAAAGCUUUUUUAUGAUUAAAAAAAAAAACAUGCUUAAUCUGUGUUAAAUAAAAAACUGUGCUUCGAGUUAAUAUUUUUCUGUGGUUCUGUGGUAAUGAUGUAAGCCAAGCACAACCUGAUAGCUUUCUGCUGUUCAGGUUUUGGAUCUGAACAAGUGAAAACAUACAUUAAAUGCUAUACUGACAUUCUUAA